CGUAUCCCGAGGCGGCCGCGGCGGCCAAGUCGGCCACACCACACCCCCGCCCCCGCUCCGCUCCGAAGAAUCGCAGCCCGCCCGCGCGCGCGCUCGACCUGCCUAUCGCCACCACCACGCGGCACCGCUACAGCUCGAGAGAGGAAGAGGAGGAGGAGGAGGAGGGGGCACAAAAAAAAAAAUCUCCGCCACCACCGGGAGCUUCGCGUGCGCCGCUUGCUCACCGCCCGCCCGCGCGAACACGCCUGCCCCUCCUUCUGCAGCAGCCAUGCUCCUCCACCUGCUUCCGCUCUCCUGCCCCGCGCCGCCGUUCCGCCUGCGCGGCGGCUCGCCGCGGGUCCGGGCCGGGGGCAGGGCCAGGACGCGGGCGCUGCGGGGGGCGGACGUGGAGCCGGAGACACCUCCGCGAAGGCGCCGCGGCCGCGAUGACGACCACGAUCCGCACGCGGCCGGGAGCGGUGGAGACACCGGGGCGCUGCUGGCGUCGGUCAGGAGGCUUCUGCUCUCCGAGGCGCCGACGGCGGCGGCGGCGGCGGAGGAGGAGGAGGAGGAGCAGGGACAGUUCCCCAAGCGUUGGGCCAUCGUCUUCCUCUGCUUCUCUGCAUUCCUGCUCUGCAACAUGGACCGCGUAAAUAUGAGCAUUGCUAUUCUGCCUAUGUCCGCAGAGUAUGGUUGGAACCCACAGACUGUUGGUCUCAUCCAGUCAUCUUUCUUCUGGGGCUACCUCCUAACUCAGAUAGCUGGAGGAAUAUGGGCAGAUACUGUUGGAGGAAAGACUGUCCUUGGUUUUGGUGUGGUUUGGUGGUCCAUAGCUACGGCUCUUACUCCUGUUGCAGCAAAGCUUGGCUUGCCAUUUCUUCUUGUUGUGCGGGCUUUCAUGGGAAUCGGUGAGGGGGUUGCCAUGCCUGCAAUGAACAAUAUUCUUUCGAAAUGGGUUCCUGUAUCAGAGAGGAGCAGAUCAUUGGCUCUUGUGUAUAGUGGAAUGUACCUUGGGUCAGUUACAGGACUUGCAUUUUCCCCCUUGCUGAUACAUAAGUUCGGAUGGCCAUCAGUCUUCUAUUCAUUCGGGUCCCUAGGGGCUGUUUGGGUCACGACAUGGGCAACCAAGGCAUAUAGUUCCCCACUUGAAGAUCCUGGAAUCAGCGCUGCAGAAAAGAAGCUUAUUGCUAGUCAGAGCACAGCAGGCGAGCCUGUUAAAACAAUUCCAUGGAGAUUGAUAUUAUCAAAACCGCCUGUUUGGGCACUUAUAGUUUCUCAUUUCUGCCAUAACUGGGGAACUUUCAUUUUGCUCACAUGGAUGCCCACAUACUACAACCAGGUUCUGAAAUUCAACCUCAUGGAAUCGGGCCUUGUCUGUGUUCUUCCCUGGUUCACGAUGGCAGUUUCUGCAAAUGUUGGUGGUUGGAUUGCAGACACACUUGUCAGUAGAGGAGUAUCUGUGACAACUGUUCGGAAGAUCAUGCAAUCAAUCGGAUUCUUGGGGCCAGCAUUUUUUCUAACUCAACUAAGCCAUGUCGACUCGCCUGCCAUGGCAGUUUUAUGCAUGGCUUGUAGCCAGGGAACUGAUGCAUUCUCGCAGUCUGGUCUGUACUCAAACCAUCAAGAUAUAGGCCCUCGAUAUGCAGGUGUAUUGCUUGGUCUUUCCAACACGGCUGGGGUCUUAGCUGGUGUAUUUGGCACAGCAGCAACAGGAUACAUCUUGCAGCAUGGUUCUUGGGAUAACGUAUUCGAGUUAUCAGUGGUGCUUUACCUGGUAGGGACUUUGGUAUGGAAUGUAUUCUCAACUGGCGAGAAGAUUCUUGAUUGAAGAGUGUACAUAGUGUGCUUACAGUUCAGAAGUGAAAUUCAUUUCGGAGCAACAACUUAACCCCUGGACACAAUACACUUCAAGAUAACAAAUGUGUCAUCGUCCAGCUCAGCUCUUGGAUGAGGCAACAUGAUUCUAAUGUCAAUACAUGCAAUGCCAAGCACGAGAAGUAUCAAGUCUUCACAUCCCAGCACGAGACCAGGUGAAGCAUAGAUGAGUUGAGCGAUGCACCCCUUCCGGACAUGCACUGUAUAUUGUGUUAGCAUAGGUAUCAUGUACAGCAUAGUAGAAAGUUUCAUCAUACACAGUAGUCUUUUCUGACUUGUACAAUUUUUUCCUCUUGAAUAGCUUUGUUCCUGUAACAGCCCGACGCAGAUCAAAAUAAGGAAAUCUGGGGAAGGGGCUACUACUAAUGCAAACAUUUGAUGAAUAUUUAUCUAUUUGCAGUCUCAGUUUUUACUA